GGCGUUGUGUUGCGAGCAAACUGCUUUUUAGUCAUGACAUUUAUUAAUUGAUUUAGAUCGCGAUUCUUGAUCAUAUAAAGUUGCAAUACAGUAUAAUACUGGAAUAAAACUUGUCUAGGCUGUCUACUAAACCAAUGUUCUCUAGCAAACAACAUCUUCGGAAACGUACUCCCGAAAAUGGUACUGACCGAGAAGAGUUUUUGUCAUUGUUAGUGGACGAGUAUUUAAAUUCUAAUACGUAUGAUGCAAAGUGCCAAGUGUUAGCUAAUUUGGCUAAUUUUGGGUACGAUCCCUUGAAUUAUGAUUACAUCCGACGAGUUGGAGUCCUGGACAUAUUCCUGUAUGUUUUGAAGAAUGAAUCUGACGUCACUUUGCUUCACUUCGCCUGUGCAGGGAUUUGCAACUUGUGCAUAGAUCAUCUGAAUGCAGAAUACAUUUUGGCAAAUGCCGGGUUCAAACCAAUUAUCAACCAGUUAGGAAGCCAACACUGUGAAACUGUUGCUGAUGCAAUCACUAUAUUAAUCAGUUUAUACCACAAGGGGACGGAAUCUUAUAUAAAUACAACUGAAGUAAUACAGCGCAUGCACGACUUAACCAAAUCGGAUGACAAAAGGCUUGUAAAUUUAGCUUCUUUGUUCCUCAAUAGUACUCAUAAUUAGAAUCAUGGCAAAAGUUGAACGACAACCCUCAAGAUGUUGUCAAACAGAUUUCCAUUUCUAGUUGCCAACAACAAAAAUUAUCAGAAAAUUUGUAAACUACACACGACAUCGUUUAGCAGUACAGCUUUCAAAGCCGGCGAUAAAAUUCGAAUACAAAAGACAUUGACUCAGAAAGAUCUCGAUGCAUUUUCAAAUCUCACAAGUGAUCAUAAUCCUCUGCACAAGAAUAAUGGCAACAAGAGACCCAUCGUGCACGGCGCGCUGCUGAACGGCCUGGUGGCCGGCCUCAUUGGCACGCACCUGCCGGGCCCGGGCACCGUCCUCGUGUCUCAGACCAUGAAGUUUCCAAAUAAAUGCUUUGUUGGUGAAAAGCUGACUAUAAGCGUGGAACUGGUAGAUGUUAGAAAGAUCCUCAAAGUGAAGUUCUUUUGUAUUGUUGAAGAGGAAAAGAAGGUUGUGUUCGAGGGCGAGGCUAAACUCAUGCUAGCCAAAGACUGUUAACUUUUUUAACGUAAUUUGUUCUGAAAAUAAACUAUAUUACAUAAUAUUUAAGAUAGUAUAAAUACUGUUCACUUUC